GUUUGGUGUUGUUGAUCAUGGCGGGUGUGGGGCAGACAAAGGCGUUGCUGUUCACUCCUCACUUGGAGAUUUAAAUAACUUUCUGAUGGGUUUUAUUCAAAUACAUGCGUCUAAAUGAAAGCAUUCUCUCUUGUUGAAAAGAAUUCUCUCAUAUUUAAAUGGCUGAGGCUAUUUGCAGUAAUCACAGAGGAAGCUGAGAAGGUGCUGGUGGAUCAUUACAUCCUGCCCUGCAUUCCACGAACAAGCUCAUCAUUCCACAGACUUGGUGACAGCGGGUGAAAGUUCCAUGGGCCUCAUGACAUAGGACAAAUGUGGACAGAAAAGCCGUACCAUAAUGUCACACUACACGGACGAGCCUCGGUUUACGAUUGAGCAGAUCGACUUGCUGCAGCGACUCCGGCGCAGUGGGAUGACCAAACGCGACAUCAUCCACGCUCUGGAGACCUUGGACCGCCUCGACCAGGAACACGCAGAGAAAUUCGGCAAGCGGCACGGCUACGGCAACAGCCACUCUUCCUACAGCAACAGCAACCACUUCACCGCCUCGUCCUCCUCCGUCACCGCCGCCACACAGACCCCGUACAGCGGUGCGUCGCCGUCGCCCAGCAACAGCUACGACACCUCCCCUCCCCCGUGCAGCACCCACCUGAAUGGGCGGGAGAACAUUAACAAUGAGAAACUGCCCGUGGUCAAUGGCAGGCUAUCGCCCAGCCGGUUCCACAGUAACGUCAGCCAGAGGACGUGCAGCUUCCAUGCCAUGGAAGAGGAGAUGGACCUGGAAGAGAAAGUUGAGGAGCUCAUGAGGAGAGACAGCACUGCUAUUAAAGAAGAGAUUAAGAGUUUUCUUUCCAAUCGGAUGAUUUCUCAGACUAUCGUGGGCCAGGUCACAGGGAUGAGCCGAAGCUUCAUUUCCCAAUGGCUUUUGCAGCAAGGACUAGACAUGAGUGAGCCCAAGAAGCGGACACUGUACAGAUGGUACCUUCUGGAGAAGAUGAGCCCAGGAGCUACCUUAAACAUGAGGCCUGCCUCCUCCACCACAGAAGACCCAGAGUGGAAGCAGUCAACGCCGGCCAACGUUGCAACGCCGGGCAACUUCCGGCUCCGCAGGGGCAGUCGCUUCACCUGGCGCAAGGAGUGUCUCACUGUGAUGGAAAGUUACUUCAAUGAAAACCAGUACCCAGAUGAAGCCAAGAGAGAAGAGAUUUCAAAUGCUUGCAAUGCAGUCAUCCAGAAGCCAGGCAGGAAGCUGACAGAUUCUGAACGCGUGACUGCCCUGAAAGUCUACAACUGGUUUGCCAAUCGGAGGAAGGAGAUCAAGAGGAGAGCAAACAUUGAAGCAGCAAUCCUAGAAACGCAUGGUAUCGAUGUACAGAGCCCAGGUGGACAUUCCAAUAGUGAUGAUAUCGAUGGGAGCGAUUUCAUGGAGCAGGAUGAUAACACAAGUCACAGUGAUCCCCAGCAAGAUCCUAUCUCGUUAGCUGUCGAAAUGGCUGCAGUCAAUCACUCCAUCCUGGCACUAGCCAGACAAGGAGGGGGUGAGAUAAAGAGAGAAGUGGUUGAAGAUGACUGAAACGCUGUAGGAAACAGCUGAGACUUGGGACAUCAUUGGACUACCCGAUCCUUAAUGUAAUCUCAAUAUAUCUGUGCGUGAUCUUAUCUUGAACUAGUCAAUAGGGUUCCCUUCAUUCAAUUGCAGUAAGUUAUCCUGCUGGGAGCCUUGGGCAGAAAUUGUGCCUCUCACCCAGCAGCCCUCCAAAGUCCUGCCUGGAGAUGCUCCUGUGGUUGCAAACAUUCCUGGGGUCCUCUCAUCCCAGCAUGACGUGUUCCUGAGCCCAGCACCCGUAACCUCAAGGCAGUGCUUCUCAAGCCUGUGCUACUUUAGCUCAACAGGUCCUCUCAACCUCUGCCGGCCCUUUGCUCUGCAAAUGUCCCCUUCAUUCCAGCUGAGGGAGUUUCAGCUUUCCAGCGCUGCGGAUUCGGAGUACUAUGCAAUGGACGUGCUGGUUGCAACCUCCAAUGUUUGACGUUCCUCAUUCAGAAUGCACCUCCCUCACCCAAGUCUCCCUGGGAUUACUGUAUCUGGCCCUGGCAUCUGUUACCAGGGAUAAACGUAGGUACUGAACUCUGGCUGGUUCAGAAAAAUAUUGGACUGUCGUUCAUAAAACAGCAAGUGCAGGCCCAUCUCUGGGCUUGAAGGAAGGAAGGAAGAGUUCCGGCAGGGCACACUGGCAGCCUUCCAUACUGACACAAAAGUCAACAAAAGAGCUGACUGUGCAAUGAAUGGGAUGGGGAACGGCAGCCGCUAAUGUCGAAUGACAAAUGGCGACACCAGCACCAACCACUUGCAUCUACGCACCACCAUUACCAGACCGACAAGUGAAGGCCGUUGAGACUGGACGUGACAAAACACCUGAUUAUUGUUGGAUUUGUUACAUCGCAAGGGUUUGGCUCCACAUCCAGUCCAGGGUCUCGUGCUGUGGCAGUGACCAUGCAGAGACUAAAUCUGCCGCAGUUGAUGACCUGAUCACUUUGUAGAGGUGGCAAAAAGAAGUUAUUACCACUUGGAUCAACACUGCCACAGCAGACGCCAAUCAACACACCAUUGAUGGGCCACUUUGCAUUAGAGGGAGAUCCAUUUUCAUUCCAAGUUGUUGCAUGGUCCAAGAAAAACCUGAGGAACAAGGUUGGCUCAUCAGUGUAGUUUCAUGCAGCCAGUCACUAGCAGAGGGAUUCUUAGAAACCAGUCUUACCCUGAAAACAGUGGGCGCCUCGACUUGUGCUGAAUGAACUGUGGUGAUUGUGAGAUGCUAUGUGGCUCGCUGCGGACAGCUGGGCGAGGAUGGGGGCUCUGUCAGUCUGCAGUUUCCUCACCAGAUCAACACCUUCCAGUACCUGUGUGGGUAGGGACUGAAGCCAAGAUGAAUCUUUCCAGAGAGCCUCUCCACUUCCCAGGAGAGUUGGGGGAGGGAAGAGAUGGAUGUUAAGAGAUCCCUUUGCUGUGUGUUAACACAGACGGGUGUUACCAGCUUCUCUGUAAAGAGAUGUUUAUUAAGUGUCUUUGGCCCAACUCAGAAAAUUCACCUCUAGUUCAAAAUACAGGAUUGGCAUAGGGAAUGGGGUGGGUGUGUAAUCGAACUUGGGCAGGUUUCUAGAAUAGAUGCAGUCAUACUGGCACCGAGAUUAAUGCCCCAUGUAAUAGAACCAUUGACUUCAAUGGACAUGAAACGUACAAAAGCAAAAUACCAUAGAUUCUGGAAAUCUGAAACAGAAAAGGCUGGAAAUCCUCAGCAGGUCGGAUAGCAACCAUAGAGAGAGAUCAGUAGAGAUUUCAGGUUGAAUAUCUUUUAUCAGAUUAAAGAAAAGUCAGAGAUAGAACAAGAAAUGAAAGCGUCGUUCUCUAUAAAUGCCACCUACCAUAAUGAGUAUUGGCAGCAUUUUCGGUCACUAUUGAGUAAGAGUGGGCAGUUAUGCUGUUUUACACCCCUUCAUUCCACAAUUUCUUGGUAUACAAGUUGUGAAAUACAUCUUGCUCUACUUUGUCUCUCCUCUUCCCUGUGGGUAAAUCGGUAUGUCAUUUUGUUGGCUGAUUGACUUUGAAUAAGUGGUCAUUGCAGUUACAGCAGGACUCAGCAAUCUCCUCCAACUGACGCUACAUUGAACUGAUCAGCAUUGUCUUAGCAAGCAACCCGAGGGUACGUAGUGACACAGUCUAUAAGGGGAAGCAAUCUAUUUAACCCAUUCUUCUCUAUCCUUAGCCAACAAGUAUUGAUUUCAUAUUGAAGACUUCCCCACCACUGAAUGGUAGAAUCUGGGUGGAGUUGGUGGGAAUAUGGAGGAAAUAAAAUUGGGAUCAGUAUGGGAAUAAUGUCAGUGGUUGUUUGAUGGUCAGUGCAGUCUCAGUGGGCCAAAGGGCCUGUUGCUUGCUGUAUGACUCUAACCGUCUCAAGAGAGGCUGCAGUCAGAACUACAAGCUUGGAGCACUGAGUAACAAACAAUCUGCUGGAGGAACUCGGGGGGGGGGGUCAAGCAGCAUCUGUGGAGGAGAAGGAAUGGUCAACGUUUCGGGUGGAAACCCUGCAUCGGUCCUGAUGAUAAAAUAUCUGAUUAUGUGGGGUUUGCACAUAACAAGAGUUUGGCUCCGCGUUGACAAUUCCUCCCACCAACCUCCCCCCGCCCCCCCCCCCCCCCCAACCAGAUGCUGCUCUACCCACUGAGUUCCUCCAGCAGAUUGUGUGUUGUUCCAGAUUCCAGCAUCUGCAGUCUCCUGUGUCUCAGCUUCUUGCAUUGAUUUUGCAAGUGUGGGCACCAGAACAAAAGAGUUGCUUUCAAAGAGAGAGAUGUAGUCAUCUCUGCAGCAGUUGGAAAAAGAAGGGGAUACCUUAUUCCAGCUUUCAAAGGUCACAAAAUAUUUCACAUCAAUAAUCAUGAAUCAAACUUGUGAAGUUAAAUGCAUUGUGCGCUGAAUCAGUAAUGAGAUGAAAGACGAAUGGAGUUGCUUUUGACGGUUGUGCUUGGAGGCGAUGUUUAGUUUUCUACAGUGCCAUUCAUGAUGGAAAAACCUCUGCACUUUUAAAACUGGGCUGUCAGUUUUCUCCAUGCAUUUAGAGCUCCACCUGCCUCUGUUAUGUGCAAAGAGUACCUGGGUUAUUGUACAACUACAGAAGCAGCUGUGUUAGCAAAGAGCACUGAAGUCAUGUGUACAUUAUAAAGUCAGGGAUUAAUUUAAGGAUAUCCCAAAUAAACCUAAAAGUCAUAAUUUUUCAAUUGGAUGUUUGUGUUCACAAACUAGACACACUUCUGUAGUGACAACUAGUGUAACCAGGACUGAAAUUAGCCUUGGGAUGAUAGGUAGCUGUAAUUAUAGAACAGUGAAUUUGGCAGUGUUAUCAGAUUGGGUGAAAGAACCAGAAUGAGGAUAAUCUUGUUCUCAGCUUGCCUGUAGUCUUCAACACUUCAUCCCAGCAUUGCCUCUGCACCACCGUCCACUUGGUUAGGACCACGUGUUCCUGUUUCCACUAGCAGCCUUGGAUCACCGGAACUGGCUUCUUUCUCACCUGCACUGUCAGAGAGAUGGGGAUGAGUUGGGAUUGAUGGGAUGUCUGAUAGCUAGCAUAGACUUGAUGGACUGAAUGACCUUGUAGGCAGUGCAAAAUAAUAUAGUGACAUGAUAGAGGGAGUGUGAGAAUUCCCGGGGCAAUAGGCUUGUUGUAUGGGGAGAGUUUCACCAGCCGGGCCGCUACAUAGUUCAGAAGAAUGCAAGUUGAUCUCAUUGAAACAUGCAACACCCUCACAGGGCCUGACAGUGCAGAUGUAGGGAUAAUGAUUCCCCUGCUUUGGAUGACUAGAUCCAGGGCUGAGAGUCUAAAAGAUCAGCCGGACACUUCGGCACCUGGAGGCGGGUGAAUAGAGUCAUACAGCAUGGAAACAGGCCCUUCAGCCCAACUGGUCCACGCCGACCACAGCAUCCUCCCUGCUAGUCUCAGUUGCCUGCGUUCAGGCCAUAACCCUCCAAGCCCCUCCCCUAUCCAAAUGCCUCUUAAAUGUUGCAGUUGUACUCAUCUCGACCACUUCCUCUGGCAGCUGUGUAAAGAAGUUACCUCAAGUCUUUUUUUUAAAAAUCUCUUCCCUCUUAUCUUGUGUCUGUGCCCUUUACAUUUGGACUGCCCAACCCUGGGGAUAAGACUAUCACCAUCCACCUUAGCCAUACCCUUCACGAUUUUAUAAACUUCAGUGAGGUGACCCCAUCAUUCUCCUAGGCUCCAGAGAAUAAAGCAACCUCUCCCUAUAACUCAGGCCCUCUAGUCCAGGCAGCAUCCUCGUAAAUCUCUUCUGCACCCUCUCCAGAGUCAACGAGUACUACAGCACAGAAACGGGCCUUUCAGCCCAUCUAGUCCCAUGCCGCCUGAUCUUCUGCCUAGUCCCAUCUACCUGCACCUGGAUGGAGGGAUAUGGUCCAUGUACCUAUCCAAGCCUCUCUUAAAUGUUACAAUUGAACCCGCGUCCACCACUUCCAUUGGCAGCUCAUUCCACACUCGCACCACCCUCUGAGUGAAGAAGUUUCCCCUUAAAUAUUUCACCUUUCACCCUAAACCUAUGUCCUCUAGUUCUAGUCUCACCCAACCUCAGGUAGAAAAAGCCUGCAUGCAUUCACCCAAUCUAUAUCCCACAUAAUUUUGUAUACCUCUAUAAGAUCUCCCUUCAUUAACGUUAGGAAUUCUCUAACCAACAGGGCUGCGGAGCCUCCAUUCUGAGCAUAUUCCAGACCGAGAUCAAAUAGAGUUUUGAUCAAUAAGGGAAUGGGGGGUUUUUGCAGGAAAGUGGCUCCGAGGUAAAAGAUCUCAUGGAGGAGCAGGUGAGGGACUGAAGAGCCUUCUCCUGCUUCUACUUUGUUUUCUGAGCUCCCGGCUACUCGAUUCAUUGGUGGUCCUGCUGAUGGUGCUGGGGAAGGGAGGAAGAGCUGCGCUAUCAGAUGUCUUUGACCUACUGCCUGUGUAAAGGCUGUAGUCACUAAAAUGUAAGUUGACCCAGAAUCCAAGCCAACUCACGCCCAAUAAUGUCAGAACUGUUGCUCGUCUCAGUUAUUGUCUGUGCCAUCUUCCUGUGUGUGCCAAUGUACCGAAUAGGUUGCACUUGUGUGAUGUGAACUGGUGAGUCACAGCUUGAGGGCAUUUUAUUGUGACAGUUCUUUAGAUCUUGUGGGACAAUGAGAAGGAGGGAGUGUGGUUGACAGAGUGUUCAUCCCAUACAAAAACUAGGAGCAGGAGUAGCCCACCCUGGUCCCUCCACCCUCUUCACCACCCCCCCCCCCCCCCCCCCCCCCCAUCAUGGCCAAUCUACCCCAGGUCAGAUUCAAAACUGAUUUCUCUAAAAGCUCCUUUCACUCUGAAUUUAAACAUAAUGAUUUUUUAAUGGUGCUCUUCACAACCUUGAAUUGCGAUUACACAACUAAUGGUCUUUAGUGCGGCACUGUGUAAGUUAUAUGAAGUUUCUUUGCUAGUUGAAAAUUAGAUUUCAACUCUGGGCAGGUUAACACUUUGGUUAGAACACAGCAGGAGCUUUUGCCACAGGCAGUCAGCAGUGCAUUGGUGAUGUUAUCUAGCAACUCAGAUCUGCACUGAUGCUGUGAAACCUCGUGCUAGAGAAUUGAUUUUCAAUUAGAUGAAUGUAGUAUCAAUAAUGGUGGCCACAGAAUCACUGGAUUACUAUAAAAACUGGUGUAAACAUGUGCUGCAGGAGACUUGAUCCUUCCCCAGUCUGGUCUACACCGAUCUCACAGACUCAGCCCCGUAGGCCACAGCACACUGUGAUGAAUGCUUGAGUUUUAAAAACAUUGUUUUCAGUACUUAACAUGUGUAAUCCAAGAUUACGCUGUCUCUCACUGUGCCCCUAGUCUUAAAGACUGAUUCAUUUCAGCUGGGGCAGGGUUUCUUUCUCUGAAUGCAGGUCUUGUUAUGUUGUAAGUUAAGUGAAUGUCAAGUUAAACUAUUUGAGCAGAUUGGAAGUUGGCUCCACAUAACUCUGCACAGCCAUGUGGAGCUGCUGCCUGUGUCCUUUCACAGGGAAGUAACCCAUGGCUGAGCCGAUCAAUAACAGGCACAGGAUGUGUCAGUGCUGUGUGGCCUGGUGGCUGCACUCCACCUUAGAGCAGACACGGUGCCUGUGUACUUGGCUGUCUGCUGGUCUGUGAAGCUGAUUCCAGCUCCUGCCAGGGUCUUUAAUUCUGAUCCUUGUGUAAUGCAAGGACAUCAGGAUUUCUGGCAGGAGAGGCCAACCCCUGAAAAUCAUUGGUGUCCUCCUUAUUCCCAUCUGCAAGUGCCACUCACGUCAUCUUUGUAGUAACAUUCUUGGACAACUGAUCAAAGGUGAACAAGUUCAAGAUCCCUCCAUGGUAGGGUUAGGGUGAACAAGGUGACCAACUGAUUCACUAACAUCCUUCAGGAAACAAACCCACUGGGAUUUGGCCACCACACUGACCUUCAAUGCUCCUUGGUAUUAAGGGAAUACAGGGUGGGGAACAAGUGUUUUGCCCAAGUGUCCACAUUACAAAAGCUCUACUUCUAACGUUCAUUUUGUAAUGUCACAAUGCAGCAGAUAGAGAACUUUGGAUAAACUAUGUACCAUGAAAACUGGUUUACAGAUACAGUACAGUGAAACAUAUUGGUUAAUAUUCAAUAAUUUUAUGUAGUAAGUUGAAACAUCACAACCAAGAGCUGAUAUUUUCACAUGGAUCAGUUUUCUGAUUGAGGCCCAGACUGUUUGACAACUGAUUCAGCUACGUGUAACAAACCUUGCAAGUUGUGUCAUUUAGUGCAGGCAGUGUAAUCUGCAUGAAAAAGCAGGGAAGCAAUGAAAGCCAUGUCUUUGCGUGACAACAGAUUCCUUGUGGUAUCAAUUUGCCAUUUUCAAGAGCUUUAUGUAGUGGCUUGGAGUAUUGCAUCCAGAGACAGUAGAAAUGAGUAGAAGGCAAUGGAUUCAUCACCUAUGUACUUACUGUCUCAGCAGAUAACCAAUUGAUCAAAAGCUUUCUUGGUAACAGUUUCCUUCCCCUGCACCCUUCAGAAGAAUUAGUUCAAUCUUAAAGCCAUGUGUACCUGCAAUAAAGACACGGUUCUUUGAUUUGUCCUGUAAUAAAUUGAUGUAUUUUUCUGCUAAGCAGAAAGGAAAUUUGCUGCAGAUUAAAAGGAUUUGGGGUGGUAUAGCCCUUCCGUCUUACAUGUUGUAUUUGCUAUUUUAGCCACUGUCUGUGUGUUUUAUGUCUGUAAUACAGCUCCACCUCCUGUAAUACAGGCCUCAGACAUUUGGUACACAUGAGGACACUUCCAAAGUUAGUUUUUGUUCUGUUCCUUAUAAUUUGUACAGGAAAGCUGAAGCUGGCACCAGAGCAGAGAGGUACCAUGCCUGAUUGCGCUUGUUGCUCUGUGAAUUUUCACUGGUGGUAAGAAAUAGGUUUACAUUCAUUAGAGGAAAGCACUCUUUAAAAAGGUAGCUGAGAAAGAACAGUGAUCCAUUCUUAUUUUUGUUGAAGUCGGAGCCUUGAGUUUAUGCAGGUAAUGACCAAGGGACACACAGUAUUUCCACUCCCCACUGUAUUCAUGAUUUGAGAGCAUAAGCUCUCAAAUAUUGGAUGAGGAGUUCAGAACCCAUCAGUCCAAUCGCUCCACUUAAAUUGAUGUGGCAGGGCUCUUCAAACCAACCCUAAAACAGAAACAUAACAGUAUGUUAUUGAUACUCACCUUCCUCUUUAAUGACUGAUGCCAACUUGUCCCAACCAAUUACUCCUGAUCACUGCUCUCCUGCUCAUUGCUUACUAUGAACCUAUUUGUUGAUUGUGGGAAUGACAGGCAUGCAGAGAACGAAGGACUCUUGCAGCACAGCUGAUGGUUCUUGGCUGUACCAAACAAUUGAGUUAUCCUGGGAUAAUGCAAAACCAGUUCCAGUACAUGAGAAUAGAACCACUUAUUUCUCCAAUUUUCUCUCUUAAAAGCUACAAUGGAUUCUGCCUCAUCAGUCCCAGGAGCAUUCCAUGCUUUUAACCUCUCUGCUUCUUACCAAUUUAUUUCUUUUUCCACAAAAGGGAAAGUAAUAGUUCGACUGAAUGUACAGAGAUGAACAUUUCUGGCCCUACCUCAGCAUUGUGGUGAAGUGGAUGAAAUUUACUUUUUUAUUUAAAAAAAGAGAAAUCAAAUCAUUGUUCUUCCUGGUGUUCUGGAAGCUUCAUCACCUCCCUUCAAACAGUUUGAAAAGGCAUCUUGAUCCUCCUCAAAGCAACACUUGAGAGCAAGAUCAUCCUGUGCACAUCCACAUCAAUUUUGUUCCUCCAACUGUUUAGCAGAGCCAGAUCUGCUUGUGUGACAAGGAAUUGGGCAAAUUCACACUCCUGGAUCCUUUACCCUGCAGCCAAGUCAUUGUCACAGCUUGAAAUUCAUCACAACUCUGGCCUAAUUCUCAGCGUUUUAAGUGACAAAGGGUGGAUGUCAACAAGAGUAUUUUUUUUGAUGUAAUUGUCUAGCUUCAAGCUAUUAUGGUUUGACCCUUGAAGUGUGAUAUCUGAAAACAGGUCUUUGCUUCCCAUAAUUAUCAGAUUACAUCUGCCCCGUGACUGCUCAUCGACUCCAGAAAUGGGGACCAUGUACUCAGAUUCACCCACAGGGUGAAACAUCAGUGUUUUAACAAAAUCAGCUUGUAAAUUUUCAUUAAGUCACAUUAAGUAAAUGGUAAUUUAAAAUGAUGCCAUUCAAAUGGCUCAUAACUUACUCUACCAAAUCAGUUUAGUCAUUUUUGUGUUUCCAUAGCCAGACUAGCUGAAGAGAUUAACAUUGCCACCCAAGAAAAAUAAAACAGGCUU